ACACACAAAAAAAACUUGAUGUGACUGUAACGGUUGGUGUCUGCGCUGAGCUGCCCGAGCGACCGCGACCUGGAGAGGCUAGUUUCGUUCGAGCAUCAGUGCGCGAUUCAAUAUCCUCGAUAUUGUGACACAGCAUUUAUCGAGAGCUCGGCCGAACUUCUAUUAUAUCUAUACGUAAAACUUGCCUACAUGUCUGUGUGAAAAUUUAAAACAUUUUAAACGAGUGAAUUAUCCAUAUUUUGCGAGAAAUAUUUUAUUAUUCAUUUUCUUUCAACUUUUUUUGAGCGACGAUUUACGAAUGAGCCGCAGUGGAAAAACGCCUGAUCGUACCGAUUCCCACAGCCGGUCAAGCGCACCGACGAGUCGUUUCCUCACGAUCACGCCAUUCUUGAAAAUAUUUUCCAGCUGAAAUGUACGUCGGCUACGACAACUGGCCAGUCAAGCUGAGGAUCCUGGCGUUAAUCAUGUCGAUCAGCGCAUUGGUGCUGCUCACCACCGCGGCCAUCGUCGUGGGCGAGAACUACUUUGAUACCAGCGGCAGAAAUCUGUAUCAACUCAACGUACUGCCGGAAUACGAGCUGGAACGCUAUGCCUUUCCACCGGUGCUGCCGAUGUCCGAGUCGGAGAUCGACGCGUUGGACUUCGGGCCAGGCAAGGAGACGAUACUUUAUCGGAUCUCGUCGGGGCCAAAGUCACCCAAGAGGCAGGGCAAAAAGCCGGUAUUCAUCGAGAACGCCAUAUUAUGCGACAACGAUCCUUGCGAAGUUAACAAACCCAAGAUUGCAGUUGCUUACAUCUUAGUGGAUCGAGGCUACGACGUCUGGCUGGGCAUAGGUAACAGCACCAUCGCCAAGAAUCCUCAAACGAGCGAGGAGAACGAGAGGAAGCGAUUGGAGCUGGUUGCCCAAUAUAUACUGGCCUCGACUCAGGCCGACGAAUUGACAGUUAUGGGUCACUUCAAUGGCUCGGUGCAGUUCUUCGGUAUGACCGCGCCCAGGAUCACCCCCGAUGAUAAACCACAGCAGUCCAAAUUUUCCAAGUGGUUGGAAAACAUACCCGGUGUCAAGACCAUUAAAUCUUUAUAUAAGAAAGGAACAGGUUUUUUACGAAAGGGCUACAAAGAUGUAGUCGAAAAAUUCGAUAACAUCGGACGUAAGAUUACAUACAUCGCCGAUGAUCCGAAUAUACGCGAUUUGAAGGACACAGUGAUGAAAGCUUGGGGCUUCAUGAUGAACAUGGUCUUACCGACGCUCACCAUAAAAAACUUUUCCGAAAUGAUGGAUCAUCCGGACGUGUUUUUAGAUACAGCACAGCUGAUAUGUAAACACGGCUACCUGGCGGAAUCGCAUCAAGUGGAGACUGCGGACGGUUAUCUGUUGACGGUACACAGAAUACCGGGCCACGAUUCCGAGACGUCGUUCAACGGGAAACCUGUCGUGCUGCUGCAACACGGCUUACUGGGCAGCUCGGCGGAUUGGGUAAUGCUCGGACCGAAUCAGUCGCUCGCGUAUUAUUUGUCGAGGGCCGGUUACGACGUGUGGAUGGGCAAUUCGCGCGGCAACACGUACUCCAAGGCCCACGUGAACGUGACUGCGAGCGACUCGGCCUUCUGGGAGUUCUCCUGGCACGAGAUGGGACUGUACGACUUGCCCGCGACCGUAGAUCACAUACUCAACGUCACGGGCCGAUCGACGCUCGACUACGUGGCCCACUCGCAGGGCUCGACCAUCUUCCUAGUGAUGAUGUCCGAGAGGCCCGAGUACAACGCCAAAGUGCGCAGGGCAGCGCUCAUGGCGCCGGUGGCCAAUACGACUCACACGAAGAGUCCCAUAAUCGGUGUAUUCACGAAAAUAUCGACGCCUCUAUACUAUGUGAUCAGAUUUUUCGGAGUAAACGACUUUUUGCCGACGAACGCCUUGCUCACGAAAAUCGGCCGAGAAGCUUGCGAAGCUCGCACGCCCUAUCAAGUCGUCUGCAGCAACAUACUGUUCAUGAUAGUCGGCUACGACGUAUCGCUCUUCAACAAGACUACCAUACCGAUUCUGCUUGGACAUUCGCCGGCUGGUAGCUCGAUAAAGCAAUUGUUUCACUUUGCUCAAGUACACACCUCGAAAAAAUUCCGUCAGUUUGACUUCGGCUCGAGCAAGAUGAACGUUAUUUUUUACAACUCGACCGAGCCACCGGAAUACAAGAUGGAGCACGUCAAGAUUCCCACGGCCAUUUAUUACGCUCACAACGAUCUCGUCGCCGACUCACGGGACGUCGAGACGUUGGCACAAGUACUGCCGAACGUGAGAGUGCUGGACAAGGUUCCAGACGAGCACUUCAACCACAUAAGUUUCUUGUACGCCAUGAGCGCGCCAGGACUUAUUUACAAGCCAGUAAUAGACUUUCUGCAGAAUUCAUCGAUUGUAUAAUAUAUAAUAUAAUAUAUAUAUAGUUGACUUGGCAAACGCUCGGCCUCUUCAAGUCAUAAAAUGUUAAUAUACCUAGUCAUAAAUCGAGUUAAUCGAUUUUCGAUACAUAUCAUACACUAUCAACUUCUAAGUUUGUUGACUGUAUCAUACCUUUUACGCUCCCUUCUUCCUCGUUCCAUACACGAUACAAUUCUGCGAUUGUAUAAAUAUAUUAUUAAGAAAAUAAAUUGUAGAUUACAUAUACAGAUA